AUGGCUUCAGAGGCGCGUCCGUUGCCACGGUUUUUGGUUCUAAAAUCAUACGCCAAUUUAAAGUACUUGAGAAGGAUAAGCAAGGAAGAAAGUAUCGAAAAUAAUCUUUCACAAACAUUCCUGUAUUUCAAAGAAGACGAUAUUACGAGUCCUUUGGUGAAAUUCGAAAUGGAAAGAGCCAAGAAGAAUAAAAGUUAUGUGCACUUACGUUGUUGCAACAACAACAAAUACUUGUGCUUAACUGAGGAUUUGUAUAUCCAAGCAAGUGCUGAGAAGCCUAUAGAAAAUGAUGGACUAUCAAGUACAAUGUUCAAGUAUGAGGCAGCUGAUGUUGAUGCUGGAUCGGAUAAACACAAUAUCCGAAUUCACCACCCCACCACUCGUCGUUACGCUAUUUUGAAGGUUGAUCCUACGACGCCUUACGACAAAGCUUUCUACACCGAUAACACCUUCCCAAUCGAUAAACGUGACACAAGCUCUGUGUUCACUGUUUUGGAUUGGGAUAGAUUUGCCAUAUUUCCCGAAAAAGUUUCCUUCUCCAAAAAGGAGAAGGAAACUACCAAAUCUAUUCUCAGCUGUCGCAAUAGCGAUUCUUACCUAGAGUUUGUGGAGGGACAGAGCGUCGGCGAUCUAAGGGUAGUAAAUGAGAUCUUCACGAAACGUGAUGGUUAUAUCCGCAUAAAGAACGCUUCCACUGGAAAGUUUUGGAAGCGCGACGAAGAUAACUACAUCUUGGCCAACUCUAGCGACGUCACCUGGGAUGACAACAACACCAUCUUUCUACCGAUAAAACUCGGGGAAAAACAGACGGUUGCCCUCAAAAAUAUGGGAAACCGAAAGUUCUGCAACAAGGAAAAGGGUAGUGGGGUGUAUUUCAAAGCCGAAAUGGACACCAUGAUGAAUGAAACUAAGUUGUGGGUGAUGGAAAGUGUCAUCUUAAGUACUAUGUACGGCUUCGAUUUCCACAUACCGGAUGGUAGAGUGUACAACGUUCACAUUCCAAUCGACGACAGUUUAGCAGCGAAACGUCAAAACAACGAAAGUAAGGAAACCAGUAUGGACAUCAUGGUUUCUUACAAGAAAACAAAAUCUCAAUCUGUCCAAACCAACCUUUCCCUCAGCUUCGGGUUCGAGCAGACCUUGACACUUACCGUGAUUCCGGAAAUCCUUAGUGGGACGAUUCAAUUGUCUGGUCAGUAUACAUACGAAAGAGAGAGUAAGGAUGAAUCGUCAAAAGAGAUUACAGUGGAGACUACUUACAAAGCCAAAGUUCCUGGUAAGACGAUAUUAAAAGUGUUUCUUGAUGUGAACAAUGGAAAGUGUGAUGUUCCUUUCUCUUACUUUAAACGGGACACUUACUACGAUGGGAAAACCACUGUGAAGCAAAUGCAUGAUGGGAUGUACACUGGCUAUCAGAGAGGGAAACUUAGGUUUUCCCGUCCGAUCCGUUCUCUUCCAGCUUGCUGCGUCUUCUUCUCCGGCCAAGCUGUGUCUUCAUCUUCUUCUUCGAUUCUUCGUUCUCCUUGUUCUUUUCUUUCUGGCCAUGGCGAUCAAACCGAAGUCCAGACCACCAUUUCUGAUGUUGGAAUUAAUCCUGGACAGUCUAAUCGAGGUCUUCAAGUUGCUCCUGUCAAGAAUCCUCUCGAGGAUCCAGCAAUUCCAUAUUUUCAUCACCAUGGAGAUAAUCCAGGAAACUCCCUUGUAUCUCAACCUCUCACAGAGCAAGACAAUUAUGUCUCCUGGUGCAGAGCAAUGCAGCUCGCCAUUUCUGUGAAAAACAAGAGCGGUUUUCUUGACGGUUCUAUUUCUAAACCCUCUACUUCUGAUUAA